AUGGUGGCUACGGGCUGUACUUUCAAGCCCAAAGAUGUUGCAGAGAGUCACAUCCAGCUUAUCAUUCAGGAGCUGCGUGACAUGGACCGCGGGUUGCGCAGCGCCGUCAAGCAUCAGCAAAUGGCUAUGGAGGCGAGCUUGGUUGAAUGGAGGCGCAGCGAGUUGUUAAUAAAUGCGAACAAUAAGAAGCUGGUGGAGGAAACAGGGCCGAAUAAGUAG